AUGAAUUUUCAACUAUCCUGUGCGAUAUUUCUGACUUCUGUGUGUGCAGCGCAACUGGUUCGUCCACCAGUUUGGAAUUUCAAUCAACCCUUUGGUGGUCCUCAACAUCCUGCCUUCCUGGAUGGAGCAUGGAUGGAAGUAGGGGCUCCUAAUGGGCCUUCUCCCUUUCCUUUCAAUAGUCCGAAUGCAGUUCAACCUGGUCGGCCAGAAUUUGCUAGUUCACAGCCUCAAGAAUACAAAGUGCUUCGUGGUGUUGAUGGUACGUCCGUGUUUUCCUUGCCAAAAACCAAAGCUACAAGUACGGAUGAUGACAGCACAGUGGAGGAAAUUUUACGACUGUUCGACAAGCUUGAUCCCAUCCCAGAGCAAUAUCAAUCUCCCAUAUUCCCACCAACGCCUGGAUUUCCUCCCCUACUGAACCAAUAUCCGUUCAUCCGUUCACCGCUUGGUUUUCUACCGGGCUUUCCAUAUACUCUACCUCCAGGAUUCUUUCCUGGAAACCCACUGUGGUCAAGAGACUAUAGAAUGUUUGGUGGGACAUUAUUCCCACCCUUCUUCCCUCCGAUAUAUCCGUUACCACCGGUACAAAAGAGAAGCAAAUCCAACAGUCCACGAACAAUAUUUUCCUAUCUUCUUGGAACGAAUGGCAUGCUACCCGGAGGAAAGGAUUCCAAAGAAAAUCGAGUCCCAGUUCGCUAUAUGACCGGCGGUCAAAGAAAACGUUCUGGUGACGUUUCAAAGCGCUCGAACAACAAGAAAUGGUUUCAACGUGAUAAAAAGAAUAAACCCGGUGAACAACAAAGAAGCUCAAAGUCAGAUCGUAUACGUUUUGAGCGUAUCUCUCCCAGGUUGAGACUUCAGUGA